AUGGCUGUGCAGAAGAAGCAGAGUGCUGUUCCUCCAUCGCAGGGACCACUCUCCACACGCACCAUCGAGAGCCAGAGGAAGGCCAUUCCCCCCCAGAGAGCCAGAGGUCAAAAUGGACUAAAUGUUGACGAAAGGCUCAAAGCCGCACGGGAAAGACGUGAGGAGCAACAGAAGUUUAUAGCCUCUCGGGAGCAGAACCGAUUGGAGCGAGAGCAGAGAGCCAGACAGUUUUAUGAACUACAGCUGCAGGAGCGCAAGAAUCGUCUCCUAGAACAGCGCCACCGAGAGGAGAGGAGACGUGCUGCUGUGGAGGAGAAGCGCAAACAGAGGCUACAGGAGGAGAGAGAGCGAUAUGAAUCUGCAGUUCGCAAAACACUGGAGAAGAGCCAAAGAGCCCAACAAAACAGCCAAAACAGAGGAAGAAAGCCUACCAAAUCCAAUGUUCCACGUCGAAAGCCACUGACGGCUUGGGAGAAAAAUCUGGUCACACGUCUGCUCACCCCCACCUGCUCCUAUUUGAACCGCAGCAAGAGCGCAGGGUGCCAGGGAUCAGGGGAGCAAGUUGUCCAUGUUUGUCGUCGUGCAGUUUCAUAUCACUCCAUCUCCACCACCUCCACCCCUCACAAACCCCAGCCCAGACCCUCUGCCUCCCCCAGACCCAAGAACCUGCAAACUAGAAGCACCACUGUGGCACAGAUUAAAGCUGCCAACGUGGACAGUGUUAAUAAGAAGAGCAGGAGCCAUUCAUUUAAUGCCAAAUUUCCUGGGGCCAAACCCAGUCCAAAAACAACCACACAGAAAGAAAGUAGGACAGCGUCUCCUUCACCAGAGUGCUCUCCCAGGAAAUCAAUCCGACGACACUCAGCUCCACAGCCGCCUGAGCUCCCGUCUGUCCCGGAGGAGGAGGUGGAUACAGGCCUGGACCCCCCCUGCCCUGGUAACACACGGCCAGUCAGGACCAUCAGAGCUGUCAGGACGUCCGGUGAAGGUCGCACUGGGAAAAUAUGUGAAGACUACACACACGAAGCUCCUCUCUCCAGCCUGUCCGCCAUAUUAGAGACCCAAGAGACCAGCAGAACAGACGGAGAUGGAAGUCCCUCCCAGUUCGGACACUGGACACAGCCCCUGUGUCCAGUUCGACAGCUCCCCGAGAUCGGGUCCAAGCACUCAGCCGGGACCUCAGACCCAGAGGAGGCGGCUCGAGUCCUGUCUGAGAAGAGGAGAGAGGCCCGACUGCAAAGAGAACAACAGGAACAGGAGAAACUGCAAAGGGAGGAGGAGGAACGGAGAAAUCGUGAGGAGCUGGAGCGCAGGAGAGCAGAGGAGCGAGCGCGUCAGCAGGCAGAAGCCCAGCGUCUGAUUGAGGAGAAGAGGAGGAGAGAGGAAGAGGAGCAGAGGAGAGCAGAGGAGGAGAGGGCUCAGGCGCAGAGAGAGGCACAGCUGCUACUGAAACAGCGAGAAGAGGAACAGGCCAGAGAGAGAGCCAACGCUGAGAAACUGAAACAGGAGAGGGAACUGCUGGCACAGAAAGAGGAGGUGGAGCGGCAGGCAAGGAAGAAGAGACUGGAGGAGAUCAUGAGGAGAACCAGGAGGACUGAUUCUCCAGAUACGAAGCCAGUAGCAGUGAGGAUCUCCACUCAGCCAAAGGAGAACACUCAGCCUGUGAGCAGCAGCACCAUCGAGGAGGCUGUGAAAGUCGUGACCAAACCCUCUACUCUGGGUCUCCACGGCGACGAUGAGGGGCUUCCGGUUGUAGCCUUUAAGGAACGGAGAUCUCUGCGAACUCUCACUGGAUUGGACGAGAUACAGAGCCAGCAGAGAGCAGAAGUCAUCUGAGCAGCUGCAGGGCUAAGUGCUGCUGUCUAUCUGAAUCCCUGCAGUGGAGCUAUGGAUGCUGCCUCCAGGCCUCUUCAGGAGCAUGUCAUGUCCCUGCUAUGC